GCUACAUGCGUAUCUAGCUGAGCUCCAUAUCUAGCUUUUCUUUCCUUCACUAUCCUUUGUUAUGAAAUCUAUCUCCAAGCUUUGAGUUUCUCAUACUUUAGCUUCGACUCUCUCUCUCCUAGCAAAGCUAGCUAGUUAACCAAAAAAGUAAGAAGAAUAUGAAGAACUUGUCAUCUCUUGUAGUAGGGCACACAAGUUUCCUACUUGUGAUUUUCUUCAUUCUAAUCUUGACAAGCACAAGCCUACGUGUGAUGCCUCAUCCUUCAAAUCUUCAAAAACAAAUUGCCGCUUCUACAUACAAUAGGGAUGACGUCCGGACGUAUCUUCAGAAAGGAGGAAAGAACGAAGUAGGAACAAAGAUGGAAAUGGAACUAUACCCGACCGGAACCGGGUCGAGCUUGCCGGACUGUUCACACGCCUGCGGGCCGUGCUUUCCAUGCAAAAGGGUGAUGGUGAGCUUCAGUAAGUGCUCCAGUACUUCGGAAUCAUGCCCGAUUGUCUACAGGUGCAUUUGCAAAGGCAAAUACUACCAUGUCCCCGGCCUCUAAAUCUAAGUCACUCUACUACUUCUGGGUUUCUUGUCAUUUGGUUGUUGGUGGGCUUAAUUUGUAGCUUAGGGGAGGAACAGAUUAAUUUGAAGAGUUUGUAGGGGAAAUCGAGUUUGUAUAUGGCAGAAUGAUCCAAUUUCUUGCUUUUUAAUUUUCUUUUUCUUGUCACAGUUGAUUAAUGAGUGGA